GCGGCUCUCGCGUGUGCGCUUGGCCCCAAGGUGACCGAUUGCGGCCCACUACUGCCUAUACACCGUACCAGUUUCGUCGAUUGCGCUCCUAGCUGUCACAUUCCUUUACGUAACCUGUCCCAUCGAGACAUAACGCGUUGCUCUUCAAGCUGUCACUAUGCAGCUUGUAUUGUUUGCUGUUUGUUUAUUGGCGGCGUUAGCGCCAUCUGCGUGCCGUCCAUACGACCCCGAGGACGAUGAUCUGAAGAACGUGUUGCCAUCUAGCGGCAAGUUCGAGGCGUUUUAUCCGCGCGAGGCGCACGGCAUUCCGAACGGGUCCUCGCGGCCUGCGCACGGGCAUGGCAGUUUCUACAAGCACCGCAAUCCGGCGCUAGUGGACGUGAAGAACGCAGCCGCGUACGGCUUCCGGUUUGACGGCAUGAGAAGGUUCAACUUCGAUGAUGAGUAGAAUUUAUAGCCUUUGUAGCAAAUUAUAAGCGCUUAGUAAUUUUUUUUGCGUUACUUACGGUGUUUUGAUCCACGAUGUUGAUAUUUGUUUUCCUUAAUUAUUGAUUAUGGGCUUAGAGUAUGUAGGUAAGAUUGUGUUUAUAGACAAUAUUCAAGCCUGGAUAUUUUUGCAAAUAGGUUAAGUAUUCAUCUAAUGCUUUUAUGUCUGUAGCCGCGUAUAAACUGUUAAAGACAUUCGAAAUUUUAUUAUUAUGCUAUACCCGUGUUAGCCCAAAAGGCAACAGCUUUAUUACACCACUAAAGCUGUCAUCCAUGACUGCCGUCAUGACAAAACACUAUAAAUUACGUAUAGUUUCUAUUUCCUCUUCUGAGCCGUAACGUUGCACGCACCGAAUGAGAAUUAAUUAGAGAGAUUUCUAUCGUGCAAUUUACCUUCCCUUGUAAAUAUCAAAAUUAUCAUGUUCUAUCCCGUAUAUUAGGGCAAGGACAUGACAUAAGUUAUAUUAUGAUUAUAUGUAUAACUAAACCGCAUUAAGAAUACUAUCCGCACCUGAGAAGUAUUACACUGUAAGCGCCAUUUUUG